AUGGCAGGUCUUGCUGCUGGUUUGUCCGUAUCUCUGGUAGUGCUUGUUGUUGUGACGAUCAUUGUGCUGGUGUUCUUGAAACGAAGGGGACUUCUAACAAAGUGCUACACACCAAAGGAUGAAAAAGACAACCACAACGAAGACACAAGAACAGAAAUUUCAUUCGUGUCAACACCGACAUUUGAAUCUACUACAAACACAAUGAAUGAAUUAACAGACUCAAUUCAUUCUUAUUUUGUGCUUGAAAAAACAUUUAAUAGGGAAACCAAGGAGGAGACCGAACACUAUGCAGAGCCACAUGCGACCGAUGUUGACCAUUAUGAUUUGACCGAAAUGUCGCAGAAAGAUAGUAAUAAUGAUUACGACACAACCGAUGGCAAAAAGGGACCAGCCAAGUCUGGAAUGGCUAAGCCAAAUAACAAUUAUAACAAAGUCACGUUAUAUCAGACUAAUGAGUACGAUCAUAUUAGUGGAAGACCGCCAAAGUCGGACAGACAAACUGAAAAUGAAUACGACAUAUCGAAUAACCUGAUCGACGGAAAACGGAAUGAUAAUUUCGGAGAUGACAGUGAUACAUACAACCACCUGAACAAACAUGAAUCGGAGAGCUCUGGCACCGAUAACGUCUAUGGAAAGUCACUAACGGAUGGAGAUAGUGGAUAUGAUACUUCCAGUGCUCUAAAACCUAGUAGGAAUAAAGAUGCAAACGAUCAGCAAGCUGAUUAUGCCGUGAUAAAAAAGAAAUGGUAGAAUUAUGUGCCAGUUAAAAGCUAUGUAUGUACAUGACAUAAUCAGAUUACAUGAAAUAUGAAAGAAAUCAACAUUGUCAACUUAACCAGAACAUAUGUUUCCGACAUAUACUAACCAAAAUGGGCUCCUAAUGCCUGUUUGGAACGAAGAGACAGUCAAUUUUUAUCGCCUUAAUAACAGCUUCAGGCAUUCAGUUUCAACUCUUCAAAGCGUUUCGUUUUAUACCACGCGGAUAUUGUGAGCGUAUUUUAACGUUUCGGUUAAACUAUUGGCCUGAAGUAAAACCAAUGCAACAUGGUCAUGUAUGGACACCUUAUGUUGUAAUGAGUCGUUUCUUUAGUUGUAGAUUCCGCGUUAUAGGUAACAGAGUAUGCCAAAUUGCUGACGGCGGCAGCCACUGUUUAUUUGAUGUUGAUAAACAUGCCGUAUAUGUUGCACUUGUAUAGAAGUUCACAUCCUGAUUUUCGGCGGAGAUAAAUUUGCGAUCAUUUAAUGCUUUAGACGUUCUAAGUUUAUUUGUAAAGAGUAUUGCAUCGCUUUUACAUAAUUGAGAUUAAUGCUUUAUCAUUUUAUCCAAUUUUGCAUUUGUGUUUUUUAUCGCAUGUGUGCAUUCUGUGUUUUAAUAACUGUUUCUUAUAGCCAUAAACA